GCGGUCGUGUCUUACUCCCUCGUCAUCGUCCUCGCUGCCGAGCCCGCUGUCGUCUGUCUCCAGCAAUCUCCUUCGUUCACGGCCAUGAACUUGUUUCGGCUAUUUGGGGACUUGUCCCAUUUGGCGUCCAUAAUUAUCCUGCUGCAGAAGAUUCGGUCCACCCGGUCAUGUCGAGGCAUCUCCUUCAAGACGCAGGCGCUCUACGCCACCGUGUUCAUCACCCGCUAUCUCGACCUCUUCUACGACUGGGUGUCGCUAUACAACUUCACCAUGAAGGUCUUCUUCAUCGCGAGCAGUUGCUACAUCCUCUACCUCAUGAGGUACAAGUACAGGCCAACACACGACCCGUCGAUAGACACGUUCCGUGUCGAGUAUCUCCUCGGGCCCAGCGCGGUCCUCGCGCUGCUCUUUCACUACCGUUUUACCGUCCCCGAAGUCUUCUGGUCGUUCUCGAUCUUCCUAGAGGCGGUCGCGAUCCUUCCGCAGCUGUUCAUGCUGCAGCGUACCGGGGAGGCGGAGACGAUCACGACGCACUACCUGGCUGCGCUGGGCGCGUAUCGCGCGCUGUACAUCCCGAAUUGGAUCUAUAGAUACUUUACGGAGGACAUGGUCGACCCCAUUGCCGUCACUGCGGGUAUCGUGCAGACCGCGCUCUACCUUGACUUCUUCUACGUCUACUUCACGAAGGUGCUGCAAGGACAAAAAUUCGAACUACCUGCAUGAUCGCAUUGUCAUACCCGAUUAUAAUGUAUUGUGUCUCCUAAGUGUUUGUGCGCGGAACCAAAUUAAC